UAAAAAUCUUUGGGCGAUCUAGCGGCACUCAUGUAACUUUGAAGGCGUAGCAAGGGGGGUGUGCUUUCUUGCAGUGAAGAUAUAUGCAUGCCUACCUGAGUCCAAUUAGUGGGCACCUCGUAGUAAAGAAAAGCUUCAGCGAAAAUUUGGCACCGCUGAUCUGAUCCCACACGCUCUCGCUCUCGCUCUUCUUCUCUGAUUGAAAGGAAUGGAAAAGUGAAGCUUCCUUCCUUUAUCGAUCCCUCCUCCCCAAUCCAAUCAAGUCCAGCUAGACCAGCUAGCUACUGGUGGAUCGAGGAACACAUCGAUCGAGAGCCAUGAACAAGGCGUACGGCCCCUACUGCUGCUUCCACCCCAGGGAGCUCGUCGUCGGCAUCUGCGCCCACUGCCUCAAGGACCGCCUCCUCCUCCUCCUCGCCAACGACAACAACACUGACGCCAACGCUUCCUCGGGCUCGGCGCACCCCUACACCUACAGGGGGAGAAGCCGCCUCCGCCCAAGGACCACCAGCAUGUCCCUCCCCAAGGUCUUCGCGCUCGGAUCAUCCUUCCUGCAGCGCCUCGACUCCCGCCAUCACCGCCCCCAAGUCUUCUCCGACCACACCUCCGUCGCAAGCCUCGAUGAUUCCUUCAUCUCGAUCAAGUUCGAGGACAACGGCGAGGCGACGUGGGAUAGCAACAAGGCCGCCACAAAGCCUGUGGAGCCCCUGUCGACAGGCAAGGCGGUGAGGUCGUCGUCGUCCUCGACGACGGUGGUGGUGGCGGAGCACGUGAAGCGGGGCGGCGUGACGCGGUGGCGGAAGCAGGUGGUGGGUCGGCUACUGCAGCUGGCAAGGUGGAAGAGGUCCGCGGACGGCAAGAAAGCGGCUGCGGAGCGGUCCAAGGGGAGGGGAAGGAGCUGGAUCCGGAACCUGACCCGGAGGCGGCACGCCGAGCGGGCAUGGUAGCGUAGUGGACUCAUGUCUUUUCAUCGAUCCAUGUGCUUGAGCUGAGUCUCGAGUACUGUACACAACAGCAACACACGUGAGUGCUUUUAAUUUGUUUUGCUUUGUUUUGUUUCGUUUGUGCACAGCAUAGCUAGCGGUGACAGAUAUAUAUAAAUCACCAUGUCUCGAUCGAUAUACAUAGUGUAUACUAGCAAAGCGUAAGAAGGUCAUCACAGAGCCCAUCCAUAUGAUUCUCGAGGUCCAUCUAUCUUAGCUUGUUCAUGCGGGCCGGGUCUGACCAGGAAAAGAAAAAUACAAGAAGCACUUGUUGUAUGGUAGACUAGUAGCGAUUCAU